AUGGCUGCCUUGCUGAAUUUCCAGAACAAUCGCACCUGUGGCGGAUUCCUCGUGGGAGAACAGUGGGUCAUGACUUCUGCACGCUGCGGACGUGUUGAUAUAGUUGUCCUGGGAGCACAUGACUUCAAACAUGACGGAGAACCUUACAGAGUGGACGAACACUACCCGCACAAAAAUUAUACGUUCAAGAACAACACCUUUUCAAAUGAUAUUCUUCUGCUCAAGCUGCAGCCAAAGGUUCGUCUGAAUGAUAACAUUUCCAUCCUGCCAUUGCCAACAUCUAGCAGUGACCUCUCUGAGGGGACACCCUGCAGUGUGGCCGGCUGGGGCCUGAAACAGAAUGAUUGCGAUGUCAAGCUCUAUCAGGCCAGAGUCAACAUCUACGACCGAAGCAAAUGCCAGAAGUUCUAUCCCAAGAUCGAUGAAGGAAAGAUCUGCGCAGGCAAACGUGAAGACUCUCAGGAUUUCGAACAAGGGGAGAUGGGUGAUCCUUUGGUGUGCAAUGGCGUAGCGCAUGGAAUCCUCUCCUACAGCAACCCCUGCCCUCCUGCCGUUUACACUCGCAUCGCCCAGUACCUUCCUUGGAUCAAGGAAACCAUGGCCAAGUGA